AUGGCUCGUCUGAGCUUCCUGCUCCUGGGAACCCUCUCCGUGCUCGGCAGCUUUGCCAAUGCCGCUUCCGUCGUCAAGGACCUCAUUCCCUCCAACUUUGAUGAAGUGGUCCUGAAGUCCGGCAAGCCUGCUCUGGUCGAAUUCUUCGCUCCAUGGUGUGGCCACUGCAAGAACCUCGCCCCCGUCUACGAAGAGCUCGGUGCUGCUUUCGCUUUCGCCGAGGACAAGGUCACUGUCGCCAAGGUCGAUGCCGAUGCGAACCGCGAGCUCGGAAAGCGCUUCGGUAUUCAGGGCUUCCCUACCAUUAAGUGGUUCGAUGGAAAGAGCGACAAGCCAGAGGAAUACAAAGGUGGUCGUGAUCUGGAGAGCUUGUCCUCUUUUAUCACCGAGAAGACUGGCAUCAAGUCCCGCGCUGCCCAGAAGGAGCCCAGCAAGGUUGAGUUCCUGAACGACGCUACUUUCAAGACUACCGUUGGUGGUGACAAGCACGUUCUGGUUGCUUUCACUGCCCCCUGGUGUGGCCACUGCAAGACCCUUGCUCCUAUCUGGGAGACCGUCGCCAAUGACUUCGCCCUCGAGAACAACGUCGUGAUCGCCAAGGUCGACGCCGAAGCUGAGAACUCCCGCGCCCUCGCCAAGGAGCAGGGUGUGACCGGAUACCCUACCAUCAAGUUCUUCCCCGCUGGGUCCACCGAGCCCGAGGCCUACUCUGGCGCUCGUUCUGAGGAGGCAUUCGUCGAAUUUUUGAACUCCAAGGCCGGCACCCACCGUGCCGUUGGCGGUGGUUUGGACAAGAAGGCUGGCACCAUCGCUGUCCUUGACAAGUUGGUUGCUGACUAUGUCCCCGCCGAGAAGUUCGACAAGCUUGCUGCUGAGAUUCAGAAGACUGCUAAGGGUCUCCAGGACAAGUACGCCGAGUACUACGUUAAGGUUGCUACGAAGCUCAGCGAGAACCGUGAUUACGCUGAGAAGGAGCUUGCCCGUCUUGUCAAGAUCCUCAGCAAGGGCUCGUCGGCCCCUGAGAAGGUUGACGACAUUAUCUCCCGCAGCAACAUCCUACGUGGAUUUGCUGGCGAGGAGAAGGAUGGUAAGGAUGAGCUGUAA